AUGAAUGGCGAAAACCACGAGACUUUGAAUAUAGAUCUCUCAAAUGAUUCAGGCAACAUAGAAAGUACUUUACAACAAUUUUUAGUACAAUCCACGGACCAGCUGUCUCAUAACGAUACUCAUCAUCAAUUUUCACACCAAGAUGACAUUGAAAAAGCUAUUGAGACAGCCAUCAUAAAUAUGGAUUCAAAUGAUCUGUCAGUCUCAGAUUCAUUGAGUACAAAACAUCUGUCACUUGAAAGUUUACUAGAGGAUAAUCACAAUACACAUCUUCUUUUCAAUUUUGAUGAAGUAUCCGGUGGUGAUAAUGAUUCUGUUACUUAUCAGACCCUGUCUAAUGAUAGGGUGAAACGUACUUUACAACUUGAUGGCGAAGAACUAGAUCACGUGAAAAAAGCCAAGAAGGUUCAGGGUACCAAUAAAUCUGACGAACCUUUCUUAUCCCCAGCGUCUCUAUCACCAUCAUCUUUAGCAUCUGAUGGCAGUGACGUAUCUUUGAAGAUAGAUACCAAUCAGUCAUUAACAACCUCAAUUGCAUCGAUACCUUUAACUAAGCAAAAAUCUAAACCAAAACUAACAAAUAAUAAAUCAAUCACCACUAUUCAGUCGUCAACGGGAGAUAAUACUACGACUAACGUAAGGCAAAAGAUUUUUCAAGAAAUCCCAAUUCCUGAAAAACUAACAAAUGAAUAUACUAUGCAACAAGUUUCAGAGAUGAAGAAAAGAAUUAUCAACAUUCACAAAUUGAUACUGAACUUCAACUUCUUAAAAGAUGGCUAUGCAAGAACAUGCAUCGAAUUGAAAAAGACAGUAAAUUGCUUAAAAGAUAGUGAACUCCAUAGAGCUCAUCUCUUAUUAGAAAACGAGAAGUUAAAGAGAAAGUUAUCAGAACUGAAUAAGCAGGCAAAUUCUUCCUAG